GCGGCGCUGCCCGGGGCGGGGCGGCGGGGGCAGGAAGCGGCGGAGCGGCUCCGGGGACAGCGGGGCCAUGGCCGAGACCGGGAGCGGGACCGGGACAGAGACCGAGACCGGGAGCAUCCACACGCAGCACAUCACGGCCGUGCACAACGUGCCCAUGCGGGUCCUCAUCCGGCCCAUCCCCGCCGUGCUGGACCCGGGCAAGGUGCGGAGCCUGGUGGAGACCCUGCAGGAGGAUCCCGAGCGGGUGCCCCCCAUCGACGUGCUGUGGGUCAAGGGCAGCCAGGGCGGGGACUACUUCUACUCCUUCGGGGGGUGCCACCGCUACGCCGCCCACCGGGAGCUCAGCCGGGACACCAUCCCCGCCAAGAUCGUCCCGUCCACGCUCAGCGACCUCCGCACCUACCUGGGCUCCUCCACGCCCCAGCUGCUCUAGCGGGACCCCCCCCCCGACCGUGGGCCCGAUCCGGGGUGAGCAUCCCCGGUGCUGUCCACGCCGGUGUGGGUGGGAUGGGGUCGGGGUGGGCGCCCCCCAGUCCCGGUAGGGCGCACGGGGGGGUCCCGGCUCCGGUGGGCGGCCGGCAGGUGGCGGCGUUGUGCUGCGGGAACGGGGCCGGGCGGGGCCCAACCGGGACAGCUCCGAACCGGGAUAGCACCGAACCGGGACAGCUCCGAACCGGGGCAGCUCCGAACCGGGGCAGCUCCGAACCGGGGCAGCUCCGAACCGGGGCAGCUCCGAAUCGGGACAGCUCCGAACCAGGGCAUCACCAAACCGGGGCAUCACCAAACCGGGGCAUCACUGAACCAGGACCCCACCGAACCAGGACCCCACCGAACCAGGACCUCACCGAACCAGGACCUCACCGAACCAGGACCUCACCGAACCCAGACUUCACCGAACCAGGACAGAGCUGUACCAGAGCGCAGCCAAGCCGGGUCCCCAGGCUUCACCCUGCAGCUCCAGGCUGGCCCCAUGAGAGCCUGCGCUGCGCCUGCCCCACAGCCGCCUGCCCCAUCCUCGGACGCAUCCUGCACCCCCUUCCCCGUGGGGCACAUCUCCGAGCGGCGCUGUGGGGACACCCACUCGUGCUCCGGGAAUAAAGGAGGUCGAAGCCC